UGUGUGUGUGUGUGUGUGUGUGUGUGGUGGAGGGGAUACAGGAUGUGAUGAGGCAGUCGACUUGAUUUGUAGUCCCGCUCCCUCCUCGUCUCCCUCUUCGUCUGUCACUCCCUGUCCUCCCCACCCCUUCCUCAUUUGUCCCGUCUUCACUUCCAGGCCCCCCCCCACCCCCCAACUUCCUCAGCAAGAAUGUGUCGUUUCUCUGCCUCGCUAAAAUGAAAUUUGCUGUCCCUUUGUUCCCCGCUUCAUUAUGAUUUGGCCCUGGGCGUCUGUGUGUUGCGGUCCUCGCAGCUCUGGCAUUUAUUUACUGGAGUCAGUUUCUCCUGGGUUCUUGUGCCGAUACCAUUUAUCCCUACACAUACAUAAGCAUUUAACUCGCUUUUCAUCUGCCCCUCUUUCCCCCCCGCCCCUGCCGCCGCCGCCGCCACCUCCCUCCUUGGCUCACGCCAUCUCUGAGCUAUGCAGUAAAACUGGUGCAUUGAGGCAGCAGGAAAUGGGGACCAGAGACAAUAGAACGGAGGGAAAGGUGUUCUCCCCUCUCAAACACUUUCUCAGAACAAGACACUUGCUCAGUUUGCACGUAAAAUCCAUCAAAAUUCCUGAGCUUGCUGUGCUGCAGGAACCUUUGGAAUCCCCUGCACCUGUGGUCACCAUGAGAGCAGGGGUUCGAAUAAAAACAUGUUUUCUUGUGUUUGAAAUCUUGUGCCCAGUUAAAAUGUGCACAGCUGCUUUGUGGCUGGCGUGUGCUAGCUUGCUGCUCCGCAGCUCUCUGGGCUGCUAUCAGUGCUUUGUUGAUGUGGAGGACAGUCUGCGGCUGUGCUGGGGCCACGUUCUGACUGAGUACAACGUUAGGAACGUGGACGAGUGCUUCAGGAAGCUGGACCGCAUCUUCAACACAAAUGAAACCGUGAUUGAGGCUGGCAGAGUUGGCGAAGGCUAUGACAAAAACCUAAAGGAGAUCCUGGAAGCAGAGAUCCUGCCCCUGGUUGAAGAGUUUGACCAGAAGCUGAACAACGAGAGCGUGUAUGAGACAAGGUUGCAGACAGCAGCAGACAAUUUCAUCGCAGCUGCCUCCAAACUGCCUAGAGUUUCUGGGUGUUUCCCUCCGUGCGGUUUUCAGAUCUUAGGUGCCGUGUACAACUGCAUAACCUGCCAGUACGACUCCUGUGAAUUCCCCCUCGACUGUCCAGUCGAAGACAUUGAAGUUAUGGAGAACAGCAGGAGCCGAAUGUGGUGCGAGGUGCCUUUUGACCUGCCCGCUGACAUUGAGGUGAUCUGGAGGUUUGCAGAAGAGGUCAAAACCCAAGAAAUGGAUCAGUUUAAGGAGGUGACUGUAGGAGUAGACAGGCUCUACUCYAUCCCUUCAACCAGCCUGCAGCAUCAGGGCACCUACCAAUGUGAGAUUUACUCUGGGGGUCGCUCCAUCGUCAGACUGUACUACUACAUCUCAGUGACCUCCCAGCUUGUGGUGGGCCACACAGAGCUGCAGGAGAUAUUUGACCUGUCUCUGCUCCCUGGAGGGCAGUUACUGCCUGCACCCGAUGCUUCUCCCCGCUCCGUCGUCCUCCUCCUCCCGUUUCUCCUCGCCACCUGUUUAACCACUUCACUGCUGCUGCUGUUCGUCUCCCUGGGGGCUCUGCACUGGAUGUCAGGACAAACUCGUCCCGAUGAAGACUCAGACGAGGAAGAGGACUGGGGUUUGGAAGUUUGUAAUGGUGAAGAAAGUAUUCGGUAAUAAACCGUUUCUUCAAGCA